AGAAACCAAGAAACGGCAUGGCUGAUUCCUCUGCCGAGACGGACCAUAGCCAUCGCGACGGAAAGCACCGGCGAUCGCACCUCCACGACCUGAAUGUGCAGGUCCCUCCCGUGACCAGCAACAUUGGCUGCUUCGGCGGCUGUUUCCGCCCGUCCCCGACAUCAUCGUCUUCCCCCGUCGCGCACGGCACCAGCUGCCUCGGACAGGGACACGGGCACGGGCACGCAGACCGGCCGGCGUCCCCGUCUCUGAUCCGGUCGCCGUCGGCGUGGAUCAAGGCAAAGGGCCAGAGCCUCGGGUCUGGCAGACACGCGCGUCGCCGGUCCCGGGACUUCCAGUACGACGCCCUCAGCUACGCGCGUAACUUCGACGAGGGCGGCACGGACGGCGAGGGCGAGGAGGAGGCUGGGCUUGCUGCGAGCGACGCGCUCAAGCACCGGUGCUUCACGUCCAGGCUCCCCACGUCGCCACCGCCCGAGUCCCCGUCGGGGAUGAUGGCCACCAGCGGCAAUGGCAAGGCAGUAGCUGAGCUGCGCGAAACAGGCCGUGAUGAUUUCGAAUGAAACGAGGAGCUUUCGCUUUUGAUUUCACAUCGGUUUUUUUUCUCCCCCUUCUUAGAUCGAUAGGCCAUCUCAUAGAGAUGGGCUAAUCACUAAUCAGAGUUUGCUUUUGUUUCAUUUGUUUACGUUGUUGUAAUGCAACUGUACUUUGUAACAUGUUCAGAAUGGAUGGAGACGGGUAUAGCUAGCACUAGCAGCAAUGCCUUUUGUUUUCUUCACCAACAAA